AUGGCGGCUGCAGAACAUGUGCUCGCAAUCAAUAAUGAGAACUCGAUGGAGCUCCCUAUUCUUCCGCCAAAUCAGGGCUCUGAGGCUUUGAAAGACAUCAUAUUUGGAUCUGCGGCUGGAAUGGCUGGCAAGGUCAUGGAAUAUCCCUUUGACACAGUAAAAGUGCGACUUCAGGCACAGCCAGAUCAUCUCCCACUUCAGUACAAGGGGCCUUUGGAUUGUUUCCGCCAGUCGUUUGAGGCGGAUGGCCUUCGAGGACUCUACCGGGGCAUCAGUGCCCCAAUGGCGGGUGCUGCCGUCGAGAACAGCUGCCUUUUCUUCAGCUACCGUAUAAUUCAAGAUGUACUGAGGGCUACUUAUUAUCAAUCUGGAGAGCCGUUACCAUUUUCGGCUCUCCUUUUCAGUGGUGCUGCCUCCGGUUCAAUUACCUCGCUUGCACUCACCCCGAUUGAGCUCAUCAAGUGCAAGAUGCAAGUGCCCUCCGAAACUUCUGGCAUAAAGGCACCUGGGCCACUCAGUCUCAUUGUUACCGUGUUUCGCCAAGACGGUAUCUCCGGAUUUUGGAGGGGUCAGAUGGGAACGCUGAUCCGUGAGACUGGCGGAGGAGCAGCUUGGUUCGGGGGCUAUGAAGGCGUAUCAGCUCUGUUUCGAACAUACUAUCCAUCACCAUUGUCUUGCGAGUCAGACUCCCUUCCAAUCCAUCAACAAAUGAUUGCAGGAGCCGCGGCAGGCAUCAGCUACAAUUUCCUCUUCUAUCCUGCCGAUACCGUCAAAUCGCGAAUGCAAACGGAGGACAUAAAUCACGCCGCUGUUCGAGGCGAAAGGCAAACUUUUUGGGGUGUCGGUAAAGCUUUGUGGAAUCAACAAGGAUUCAAGGCAUUGUAUCGUGGUUGUGGAAUCACUUGUGCUCGAGCUGCCCCCAGCUCUGCUUUCAUCUUCACUGUCUAUGAAGGUUUGCGGAGCUAUUUUUCAUGA